CCAAUCCGAACUCUAUCCGAAACGAGCUGUUGGGUUACAGUAGUCAAAAGGAUGUUGAAAAUACGAUGGCACUCGCACGUUUGACAUAUUUAGCUAAAACAUAGUUGAUGGAUGCAACACGAGUAAUAAUCUAAACCUCACAAAGAGGCUACAGGACCAGAAACUAUGGCAAAUGUACUGCUUCGUGCUGUUGCUCUCGGCAAAGGCUGCUCACGGGGGCAUGCACUCCGCACGGACUGUUAUGGAUGGGCCAGAGGCCCUAGACGGUACUUUCAGAGAGAGCCCCGAUCACAGGCAACGUCAAAGGCACAAAUACGCCUGCUUCCAGUAGAAGGACAGACGGGCAAUAAGGCCGCCGGGUUUAGAUCCUUAGCCAAGCCGCUGCUGUUUGCUGUUGGGUGCACUGGAGUCAGCUUCGCAGGAGCAAUAAUCUGGCAGUAUGAGGAAAUGCGACUCGAUGCUCAAGCGUUUCUGGAAAGCAGGAGAAUUCGAGCCUCCUUUCAUGAAACAAAGUAUGGAGAGUUUCGGCGCCAGAUCAAUACCUGGUGGAACCGUCUGGGAGACGGUCAUCGUAUGGCCUAUAGUAUAAUAGCUGUGAACGUAGCUGUCUUCUUGUUGUGGAGAGUACCUCGACUACAGCCUACUAUGAUCAGAUACUUCAGCUCCCACCCGGCCUCCAAAUCAGUGUGUCUUCCUAUGCUCUUGUCAACAUUUAGCCACUACUCACUGUUCCACCUGUGUGCGAACAUGAUUGUGCUCAACAGCUUUGCACCUGGUGCAGUGGCAUUACUGGGCAAAGAACAGUUUCUAGCAAUGUAUCUAAGUGGAGGAGUGCUGUCUUCAUUCACAAGCUACGUGCACAAGAUACUCCUUGGAAGGGGCGCAAUGUCACUGGGAGCAUCCGGCGCAAUCCUAAGCGUCAUCGCAGCCAUGUGCGUUCAAUAUCCCGACGCUCAGUUGGCAAUAAUAUUCCUACCGUUCUUCACCUUCUCUGCAGGAAUGGCUUUAAAAGCUGUUCUAGCAUUGGACACAGCUGGGGUCGUCUUUGGCUGGCAGCUCCUUGAUCAUGCAGCUCACCUGGGAGGGUCACUUUUUGGCAUUGGAUACAUCUUGUACGGGCGUGAAAUGUGGAAGAAGCGUGAAGGCCUCAUGAAGGUGUGGCAUGAUCUGCGGUAUCCCAAACGUGGCUGAGAUACGUCCGUUCCUAUCGAAGAAUUAUAUUUAUAACCUAUGUCUAUGACUGGUGAAAGAGUAAAGAUAUCGUUUGAGAAAUAA